CUUAUUCACCAUCUCAUUUCAAACUCUUUCAAAAUCUCUGCAAAUUUCUAGAAAGAGAAACAAUGGAUUCAACUACCGGAGGAAAGGCGAAGAAGGGAGCUGCCGGAAGGAAGGGCGGAGGCCCCAAGAAGAAGUCGGUGACUCGCUCAGUUAAGGCUGGAUUGCAGUUUCCAGUCGGUAGAAUUGGCCGAUAUUUGAAGAAAGGUCGCUACGCUCAGCGUGUUGGUAGUGGCGCUCCUGUUUACUUAGCCGCUGUUCUUGAGUACCUUGCUGCCGAGGUUCUGGAAUUGGCUGGAAAUGCUGCAAGAGACAACAAGAAGAACAGAAUCAUCCCAAGGCAUGUUCUCCUUGCAGUAAGGAACGAUGACGAGCUCGGAAAAUUGUUGUCAGGAGUGACAAUUGCUCAUGGAGGAGUUCUACCAAACAUUAACCCAGUUUUAUUGCCAAAGAAGACGGGAGACAAGGCUGCCAAGGAUGUUAAGCCCUCUCCCAAGGGCGUUAAAUCCCCUAAGAAGGCUUAGAUGAUAGCGAAUUUGGUUUCGGGUUAGGUUUAAGGAUGUGUUUGGCUUGGAAGUUGGUUUUGUGUUUUUGCAUUUUGUAACUAUGUUAGUAUAAGUUUAAAUUAGGCUUUUUAAAGGGGUUAGUGAGGGCUGUAUGUUAAAGGGGUUGUAUGGGGAUUGAGUCAAUAGCUGAUUGAUUCAGUUUCUGUAAUCAUAUGGUUAUUAAUGGAAAACAAUAUUUGUUCUCCCUAUUA